AAGAUGAAGAAACAGCCUGCGCUAUUGCGACACGUCUACUGGAAAGUGGUGCGAGCUGCACGGCGACCGACAGUUCCCUCAAGACCGUGUUUCAUCAGGCAGUCAUAGCUGGGGCAGUAUCUCUAGUCAGGACAUUCCUUCAAGUUGACCCAAAUGCUCGUACAGCUGUGGAUUUCCUCCCGCAGAUUGGCUCUCAAAUGACUAUCAGUCCCCUUGUCAGCGCAAUCAGCUCUAAUAACCGCGCUAUGACCGCAUUGCUGCUUUCUUCCGGAGCGAAAGCGGAUAUCACAGAAGAGAUGUUUGACAAAGCUUGGGACGCACGCUAUAGAGCCAACCCUUCAUACACGUACAUUCCACAAAAACAACCAAAUCAAUGGCUUCAAGAGACACUCUUCCCAAUCGAAGCCGCCUUGGCUCAACGAAAUGACCUCGUCUUUCCUUUGGUAAAACUGGGUGUAGAUCUCAAUCGAGGUUUAAGUCCCACCAAGCUAACCAUCCUGGAUCGGAUCCGUGCCUGUAUCCAAUAUGCCAAAAACGAGUUGGAUGCAUUAGAUAAAGCUGAACUGAAGGUAACUGGGCUUGGUCAACCAGAUGUUCUGCCGCAUACAACCUGGGUCACCUCCACCACGACUUUCAUUGAAUGGCUCACUGUCCAGUAUAAGCAUGAUAUCCCCAAAGCUCUCGAAACCUUCAAAUCUAAAGCAAUACCCGAACCUGCAGAGGACAAGGUCAAAAGUGUGCAAAGUUUCUUGACGGAAGCCAUAUACACUACCGCGUCCAAACAAUUGAAAUGGUACACUGACAUCGAGUCUCUGAUCGUAAAAAAUGGGGGGAAAUCGGUUCGUGAUUUACAUCCGACCGUAACGGAAACCGAGGUAGAAAAUUGGAGUUUUGCGCACGCUUCACGGAUCUAUAACUCUCCGAGAUCCUUCGGGAUGAUUGCAUCACCUUUACCAGAAUCUUCCCUGGUUCCUGUCGAAUACAAGAUCUAUCGCUCGAUCUAUCAGUCCGAGACUGUAUCAUCACAUCUUCAAGAGAACUAUGCACGGUUGUUUGAAGCUUGCUGGAUGGGAGACAAUCAGACAAUAGAAAAACUUUGCUUGCCCCCGAAAGGUGGAAAACGUGACAAGCAUGCCACCUACUUGCAGAUAGUUGCGGAUAUAAUACCUGACGCAAGGCUUCAGCAGGUCUACAACAGUACUGGAUACUCUCCACCAUUGGGUGUCGCCGUAAUGGCACGAAAAUGGGAUACUGCUAAGGUCAUUAUCUCUAUUGCAUUGGCACAGUACGAGAAACCAGACGAGCCCCGCGAGAACUUCAAGCCCUUUGACUCAGAUGGGUCAGAUGAGGAGUAUGAUUCCGAUAUGUCAGAAGAUGGUUAUCCGGAAGUAACUAAACCCAUUUUGAUGGAUCUCGCCAAUCGGAUGUCGACCAUCAAAACCAAUAUUGGGCCAGAAAAAUUCUUCUCUUCUGCAGUGGUUUCCCCCGGAAAUUCGCUGGAGACAGGGACUCUCUUCUCCCAGAUAUUAAAGCGCGGAAACCUAAAUGAUCUUGAGCAACUAUUGGAAGUGGGAGCCCUCUGUGAACCUCCACAGACUUUGCAGUCGACCAAUCUCACCAACGUUCUCCAAUAUGAUAACCCAGAAUUACUUUGCUUUAUUAUCAGCAAAUUUGGAUACGGCAUUCAAUCUGACCAGCAGGAGGAUGAAGAUCAGUUCGGUGAUUCUGAGGCUGUCGAAAGGGCAACAGGAC